AUGCUGGGGAAGCUGCCGGAUCGCCCAGCCCCCCACGUCUGCAUCAUUGGCUCCCUAAACAUCGACUUCGUGACCUCCACCCCCCGGUGCCCCGGCCGGGGCGAAACCCUGACAGCAACCUCGCUCUCUGUCAGCGGCGGCGGCAAAGGCGGCAACCAAGCCGUUGCAAGCGGGCGCGCCUCAUUCACAUCGCACACAACCCAGGACGUCACCGUCAGCAUGAUUGGCACCGUCGGUGCCGACGACGUCUACUACAGCAGCCUCCUCCAGCCCGCACUACAGACCUCGGGCGUGAGCACGGCGCAGAUCGAAGAGUUGAGUGACACGCAAACUGGGUCUGCGAGUAUCAUCGUGGAGGAUGGGGUUGGGGGAGAGAAUCGCAUUCUUGUUGUGCCGGGGGCUAAUCAUGCGGGUAUGAUGUGUGAUGUUGCGAGGAUUGUUGCUGCUGUGAAGGAUCAGCAGAAGCCCGAGAUUGUGGUGCUGCAGGGUGAGAUUCAGCGGAAUACAGUGCUGGGCCUGUUGGAGUAUUUUAACGGUGGUGUUGUGGCUGAUCACCGCGCUCAUGUCAUCUUCAAUCCUGCUCCUGUCUUUCCGGAGGGAAUCCCUCUUGCGGCGGUGCAGCGUACCGCCGUGCUGAUCAUGAAUGAAACGGAGGCUGUUCAAAUGGCGAGGUCUCUUUCCGGUCUGCCUGUUGCCGGCUAUGACCAGUCAACCGAGGCUGACGAUCUGCGGCCCGAGGAGCUGGCGCCACAGUUCCAUGAGGUGGCCCAGGUGCGGAUUGUGCUGAUUACCCUCGGCGCCAAGGGCGUGUACUACUCGACACGUACGGGCCGGCGGGGAGCUGUGCAUGGGGUGAAAGUCCCCAAGGUCGUCGACACCACGGCGGCGGGCGAUACCUUUGUCGGAUACUUUUCGACGGCGGUGGCGCGGUUCCUCGCGACGGGAGCGACGCUGGAUGCAUUCGAUGAUGAGAUUCAUAAUGCCGUGGGGAAGGCCAAUGCUGCUGCUGCGCGUUGCGUGCAACGACGGGGCGCCAUGCAAAGUAUUCCAUUUGCAUACGAGAUGGAAAGUUAG